CGAGCUGGUCAGUGCGCCGAGGUCGGACCGGCAGAGGGGCGUCAUGCGGGAGCACAGGACCACCACCAUGAGCUCCACGGGCUACACGGGCUUCCGGACGGUGGAGUGCUUCCAGGUGCCCUACACGUGGAAACGGGCCGGCCAGUGUAUCGCGGCGCUGCUACUGGUAUGUGGCGCCGCCGUGCUGGCCUGCGGCAUUCGCCUGGUCUACCUGCACUACGGCGACUGCAGCGCCACCUGCUCCACCGAGCUCUACAUAGGUGUCGCUGCGGUCGCGGCCGGCACGCUGGACAUCGCCCUGCACCUGCUGUUGCUGGGCAGUCUGCGCGGCUCGUGGCCGGCCGGGGCCAUCACAGUGACCGUGUGGGACGCUCUGAAGGCGGCCGCCGCCAUCUACCUGCUGGUGAGCGCCACGUACGCGCUGCACACGCGCCCGGAGACGGUGGUGUUCGAGCACUACGUGGCCGAGGUGGCGCUAGUCGCCUGUAUGACGGUGGCGGUGUACGGUUUGGCGUCGGCCGCGCACGAACAGAGGGCCGCCAAUGUCGUGGACGGUAGUGACUUCUGAGAGGAGGGUGCAGUGGAGGAGCAUGUGCCAUUUGAGUGACAGUGUAAUGCGUAUUGUGUGCAUAGAGCCAUGCAUAGAGCUUUGUUGAAUGUUGAAGGUAUUGCGAAUUAGGUAGUGCACUCGGGGGCAGAUUGAUGUUCCACCACUCCCUACCCAUCGGGCUCCCAUGACUCAGCACUGGCUGCUGCCAGUGGCAGCACUGGCACUGGCAGGCAGUGCUGAGCAGUGCUGAGGGCAGGCAACACUGGCAGCAGCCAGUGCUGAGCCAUGGGAGCCCGAUGGGCAAGGAGUGGUGGAACAUCAAUCUGCCCCCGAGUGUACCUGCUUUUAGGCCUACACGAUAUAUGUAUGAUAACAAUGUGUGACGUUUGAGCUUUAUCUGACAACCAAAAGCGGCUAAUCACAACUGAUUAAACAAUGGGGAUGGCUAUGUAGUAUUGGUUCAUUGUCUCGCUGAUUAACCACUUUCUCAUUCCUAAGCAUCAUUCAGGACAUAGUCGGUAGACAUGGAGUAUUUUCCGUUAUGGGACUUUGAUGUGUCCACGAAACAGUCGGGAGUGAACUGUGCGGUGUGCAGGGCGUCCGACUCCAGGCACCAUUUGACUCAACGACCUGUGACUUUGACCCGUAUAGGUGCGGUCGUUGCCGGACAUACAAAUGUUCAUGUUGUAUUGUAGACAUUAUAGGUACUGAGUCACUAGCUCUGUGCCAUUGACCCACUCUGUGACUAAAACUGUUAAGGUGAUAGAACAGUCCGUAGCGGAUUGUAGGCUACGUGCGAUACACGUGAGGUGAGAACUCAUUGCGUGCAAGCUUGCAUGCGAUGUGUUUAAUGACAUGCUGCGGGCUUGUGCAUAUAUAAACGUACCAUAUAAGUU